AUGUACCCCUACCCGUCCUCACGCCGUCGGCCAUUCUGUCGGAUCGAAUGCAUCGAUGCCUUUGAGGUCGGCCUCGAACUUGGGCCAAGUACUCUCUUUAAAAUAAGAGACUCUGUGUGCACGUUCGCUCACUUCCUCAUCUACUGUGUGCGCUGGUUACUGGGUCAGCGAACGAAAGGCCCUGAUCCCAUCGCCCCCCAAUCGGUUGCGAAAAUCGGACAUGGCAUGCAGUAUAGCAGGGAAAGGUCUUGUUCCCGGCGACACAAUCAUCUUUCACGAAUGCCCUUUUUUUCGGCCACUCAUCGUACUGGAGGAAUGGAAAGACUGUUGAAUGGCUGA